AUAUAACUAAGUGUACUGUGUACUUAACCAAAAAAUCACACAUUGUAAAUAACAAAGUCUGUGUACAUAAUAUUAUAAAUUAAAAUCAAAAUAUCGAAUGAUCAGUUAAAAUGGGUCGUAAAAUACCCGCUAAAAAACAUCGUGGUGUCAAAGAUCCUUUAGUACAACAAGCAAAGCGCUUACAAAGUCUUAAGGGUAAAAUAAAUGCGCCACCUAAGGAUCCAGACGAACAACCUAUCCCAAAAUCUGUAACGCAGCUCUUUGCCUUUCAAAAUAAAGAACAGAAUAAAAAGAAGAAAAAUAAGAAAAUAUCAUUAAAAGAUGAUGGGAGAGUUUCCAAAGCUGGUAAAAACCCCAUAGCCCGUUUGAAGAAGUUACCAGGAGAGUCUGGUCGUGACUUCUCGCUACGUAUCAAUAGCACUAUGAGAGCCCUGCAUGAUCCCAUGGAACAACUUGAUUAUCCACAAGAUGUAGAAGCAGAUGAUAUGAAGGGAGAACGUAUGGCGGCACUACGUGAGCGGCGCCAACGUAAACACAAAGCUGCCAUGAAAAAGGAUCCUUCUCUUAAAGAUGAACCAAAGAUGACCCGGACACAGAAACAAAAUUUAAAGAAGCAAGCCAAGAAUAUAAAAAUUGCUGAGGAGACGGCGCGGCCGGACGUGCAGUACGAGCGCGUGCAGUUCGGCGACCUGGCGCACGCGCCGCCCGCGCUCAGCGCGCCGCGCCGCGCGCCGCCGCCCGACCGGGCGGGACGGCGCGACCUGCUGCUGACGUCGAUGCUGGCGGGCGGCGCGGGCGGCGCGGCGGGCGCGGCCGAGCUGGCGCGCCGCGAGCGCGUGCGCGUGGACGUGGUGGCGGCGUACCGCGCGCUCAAGAAGCAGCGCCGCCUGGAGGAGGCCGCCGGCCGGAAGACGAGUCGACCCGACCGAGCGAGACGGACGUGACACUCGUAUAAAUAAUACUUCACAGGGCUACUCGGAAGCUCUGUAGCUUCCGAGUAGUGCACAAAACUUAUGUAUGUCUGUUCAGGGUUAUCAAAAUACAGGGGAUUACAAUUUUUUUUUAAUAUCUGUGUUUCUUCCGAAACCUCAACGUGAGUCGUGAUCCCUACAUCUUCGAAAACUGACCGUACUCUGUCAGUUUUCUACUGAAAAACCGGUUUUUGUCAACGGCCAACGUGUAUAUCUCUCCUGAAAACAUUUAUACACAGUUGUAUAAAGAUUUUUUUAAUAGUAUGAUUAUUUUUUUAAUUUGCAAAGAUUUAACAACUGUGCCUUAUCAACUUAAUUGCUAGAUUUAUAUGUUUUUUAUUUUACUCAUUAUACUGUAUUUUUUUUCUGUAAAGCUUUGUCUCUAUGAAGUAACUCGGGUGCAGUACUGUCUAAGUGAAAAGUUGUGAUGUUAUCGAAUGUUAUUGUUGACAAUGUACAUAAUAUUGUAAGUUUUUUGAAUAAAUGAUUAAAACAUUA